AUGCUCGAGUGGAGUGGCAGAGAAGAUGCUCAGGGCUUUUCCAUUUUUGUCAGAGCGGAUUGUCGAAGGUACGAACCUCCAGGGUGGUCAGACGUCGUCACCAAGGUUCGUCAGUGCCAAGAACUGCGCGGCGUCCACCGUCGGACGGCGGCGAAACUGAAGGUUUUGUCUGACGCCAUCAGCUGGUCAGAUGUCCGGCUGGACGUUUUCCGACUUGUCCUCGAGCACCAUGGUUUCCGGCGCGAGGACAACUCGAUGCUUCUCUCGCCGACUGCCCUUCGCGCCGUUCUCGAAGACGUUUUCUUUGCUCUGAGCAGAGAGAAGGCUCUUGACGUCGAGAUGGCCGCCGAACUGACGGCCUGUCUGCUAUGGCAAGCCUUCGACCGCCAUCGGACGGGGUGUCUGACCCUUCUGCAGGCCAAAACCACCCUUGCGAUUCUUUCUAGAGCUUUUCCUUCCGAGUUGUUUGCAUACUUGGCUCACGAGGCUGCCGACCACGACGGUCAGGUGGGACCUUUGAGGAUGAAGCCUCUUUUGGAGGCCGUCAGGGUCUUCAUGAAGGCCGUUGGAGAGGACGUUGCCUCGCUUGAGUUUAAGGAAAGGAGGAUUAAUCACGUUGAGGCUGAGGAGUGGAUGAAGGCAAGAAUGGGGUGGGCUGCUCAUCUCGCAAGGUUCCGCGUCAACCUGAGAGAAAUCUGGCAUGGCCCUUGUGUAGUCUGCAAACAAACUGGCCUUCAGGGUCAGGCGUUUUUGUGCCAAAGCUGCCCUUGGUACUGGGUGUGUCGUCGCUGUGUCCUCUCUGGCAAAUACACAUACGGACACCAACCUAGCCACCCUCUCAAAGACUUUGUCACACCCCCGAAUGUUAUUGUGGAGGUGAUGAAAGCGGGAGGCCGAGUUAUGAAAAAGGCAUUUUCACACAAACGACGACAAUCGAAACAAAAGUUCACCGAGCCAGUUGGAUUACGCCUGCAAUCUUCUGCAGAACAGUGGGAAAAUUUACAAGAGGCGAGUCGAGCUCUAGAAGACCACGGGCAGCGCCUGCAAGCUUUGGGUCUGAGACUGACAGGCCUGACCACCGAGCACCAAAUCACAAGCACCCCGAAAAGCUGUGCGUCCUCCAGGUCGCUGGAGAUGAGCCCUAUUGCUGGCCCGGACACAACUCUUGAGUUCAGCACCGUUUUACAAAAGAGACUGUCGGUUUCUGCUGAGUCGAGGGCUCCAGUGACGGCGGCGUUGGACAAACUGCAGGCUAUGCUGGCCACUUCGACUGCACUUGAAGAGAGCUUUGGAGACAACGAGCAGCUGGAACGGGCGGCGCAGGAGCUGGAGAGCCUCUUGGGCGGCGUCAUCGCGGGCAUCGAGGGCCACAAGCGGCCCUGA